CGACUGUAUGAGCACAAGCCACGAUCUAAGCUUCCUCCAGGCGCCAAGGUAACAGACAAACCUCCUUCCCGACCCGACCGGAGAAAGUGCGAACCAAAGAGCAAACCUGCCAACGAUCCACCCGCGCGGGUCCCGCCCUCACGCGACCGAGCCCAUCAAUCGAUCUCCCUGCAGACCUGCCUAGAACAGCACCCUCCGCCCCGACCAUUCCGCCCGAACAGCCCGACCGAUCCGUCCUGCUGGCCUCCAGUUGACCCCGCCCCGUCGCCAAGUGCUGCCGUCGACCUUGCCUCGGGGGCCGCCUGCCAGCCCGCGUAGACACGGCUCGCCCGGCUGUUUGCGCCCCAGCCGCCAGCAUCGCCUGCCUCGUCGUAGCGGUCGAUGUCUGGCAGGAAGCUGGGAGGCGGCAGGAUCUUGGGGAGCGGCAAGGGCCUUGCCCCCCCUCCCCAGCCGCCGCCGGCCCAUCCUUCCCAGCACCAGCACCAGCACCAGCAGCGCUUUCCCUCCCACGGCCAUGCUCUCCCCCGCGCCGUGAGCCCGUUCGCGCCGUCAGACGUUAGCACCGUCUCGUCCGGCUCGCAGAAUGCCAACCUCAUAACCCCUCCGACCUCGUCAAGUCCGCUAGCCGAUUUCUCCCAGGACCUCGCGGCGAACAUCAGCAUCGGUGCCCCUUCACCUUCCAAUGCUGCUCCUGGAGAGCUGGUUUGCCCGAUAUGCCAAGAGGAGAUGAUGACGCUAUUGCAACUAAACAGGCACAUUGACGAUAUGCACCAAGAGCUACCAGAAGUACAGCAGGACGAAGUCAAAACCUGGUUCGACAAACAAGUCCUCAAGGCGAAGCGCUUUCAGCCCCUCUCGCUCAUCAACCAAAAGCUCCGCGGGCUAGAGGUGUUUGAAUCCAACGAAGAGUCCACAUUAGCGCAGUCGUCAGGGCUGGGCAACUCGCUGGCGUCGUCGGUUGGCAACGCGCCUGGGUUGCCGAGAGUUCUGGAGCCUACUGUUGUCGACCCAGAGGACCUCAUCACCAAGAAGCAUUGGCAAAGGUCGACUGGGGGCGACUCGUGUACCGAUCCAACGUGUGACCGCCGCAUGGGCCCGCUCAGCGGAAGCGUCAACUGCCGGAAAUGCGGUCGCAUCUUCUGCGAGGAGCACACUAUGUACCAGAUGCGCUUGGCGCCACGGACCGCCGCCCAUGACCCUGUCAGGGGGUAUUGGUAUCGUGUUUGUGAGACGUGUUAUAAGUCGAGAGAUGGCUACAAUGAUCACAUGGGGGUAUUGACGGAUCACACAGCGUCUUUUGUGGCGUUGAGGAGGGUUCGAGUGGAGAGACAGAACCUUGAGAUAGCGCGGCUGGAAAAACGCUUGACCAAGUUGACCCAGCUGCUUGCCAGCCCUCCCGAAGAGAUAGCCGCGGUGGUUAAUGGUUCCGUGGGCGGCGGCGGCAUAGCUGGCGGCGGCGGGCUGCUGUCGGCGGGCUUGGCAGGGCAGAAGGCUCAACGCAAGGCUAUCGAGCAGUCUGUCGUGACAUGGGAAGAGGAUGCGGCGGUUCCGCGAUGCCCCUUUUGUCAGCAAGAGUUUGGGUCUUGGACUUUCAGGAGGCACCACUGUCGCAUAUGUGGCAGAGUCGUCUGCGCGGACCCCCAAACUGGCUGCUCGGCCGAGGUUGGGCUGAAUGUCGCCACAGCUCAGCAGCAAAGAGCCUCGGCCUCAUAUACCUCAUCUCUAGGCGCCGCCAGGAACCCGGGAUCUGAGAAGAUGCCUGGCGGCGGUGGCCAGGUCAGCAUCGACGUGCGCAUGUGUCGGGACUGCUCCCACACCAUCUUCUCAAAGCGCGACGUGGCCGAGUCGAUCGCUGCCAGACCUCCAGACCAGCGCUCAUAUGAGAAUCUGCGCCAGUUUGAGCGAGGAAUCCGCUCCCUGAUGCCGUCAUUCCAACGCUCGCUGAUGGCCCUGCAACCACCCAAACAUGGAGACCUCGAGGGUGACAAGCCAGCCCCGACCCACGCUCAGAUCCAAGAGGCAGCCAAGAUCCGGAAGCGGCUCAUGGAUGCAUUCGCUAAAUACAACCUCGCGGCCAGGAGACUACGGGAUCUUCCCACUACAAAUCCGGCGCAAAAGAGACUACAGACUGCAGUGUAUGCGGCAGCGUCUACGUUUCUCCAUACCCACAUGCUGCCGCUCAAAAGUGUUCCCCAGAUGCUUCGGAGUCAGUCUUCAGCCUCAUCUUCGUCGAGCGCCUCUGGGCCUGGCCAUCGCAGGUUAUUGUCAGGGCUGAACAGCGGCUCUGGCCCCAACGGUCACCUAUCCCCUCUCCGAAAUGGCGAAUCGGCAAUGACGGGCGACUCGAUCGGUGACGCGUCAAGUGUUGCCGGGAGCGAGGUCAGCACGGCGGCAUCGCUGCUGGAGAAUGAGGAGAAGGAGCUGCGCGAGCGGCUUGUGGUGCUGGAAGAGCAGCGGUUCCUGGUCCAAGAGAUGAUCAACGGCGCGCGCGGCUCUCGGCGGUUUGAGGAGGCCGGGGCGCUCUCGACCAACCUCGACGAGCUGGACCGUGAAAUCGCGACGCUCAGAAAGCAAGUUAUCGGGGUGGAAGAGAAGUGGGAGGGCCUGUACGCUUCCGGAGUCGGCUCGCCCAGGUGACCAGACGGUCUACCUGGUCAUGUAUAAGGCGUGUCAUAUCAGUGUUACUAUGCAGGACCAUAAACCAAUGCACCUGCCCGCAAGGUCAUGUUGCCGAACACAGCGGCUCGAGGACAUGACUAAGAUUUGUUUAAAUAUUCCUAACUACACCAUUGAAUCUUCUCUG